UGUCUCAGAAUGUUGAAUUUUCAAUGUAUUUGCUUUCUUCUUGUUCUUCUUUUCCUUCUGCAGAAUCCUUCUGCAACAUUGUGCCAUACCAAGGGACUUAGACCCGGCCGCCGUUUUCCGGGCCUUGGGUUAUCCAUCAACAGGACCCAAGUCCAGAAUUCAGAGCAGCAAUUCAUGAAAUGGGUUAACUUUGUUGGUAGCCUCAAGCAUUCUGUCUUUAAGACUGCAAAAAACAAGCUUUUUCCUUCUUACACACUUCACGUCUCCAAGAAUCCUGCCGUAGCAGAUUUUGCAACUAUUCAAGAAGCCAUUGAUUCUCUUCCUGGCAUCAAUCUCGUGAGAGUGGUAAUUAAGGUUCAUGCAGGUGUUUACACUGAGAAAGUGUACAUCCCUCCCAUGAAAUCCUUCAUAACCAUAGAAGGAGCAGGAGCAGAUAGCACCAUAGUUCAAUGGGGUGACACAGCUCAAACACCAGGUCCCAGAGGACAGCCAUUAGGAACAUAUGGUUCUGCAACAUUUGGAGUGAACUCACCUUAUUUCAUCGCCAAGAACAUAACAUUCAAAAACACAACCCCAGUUCCAGCACCAGGAGCAGUAGGGAAGCAAGCCGUGGCAUUAAGGGUAUCAGCAGACACAGCAUCAUUCUACGGAUGCAAAAUCCUAGGAGCACAGGACACAUUAUAUGACCAUGAGGGUAGACAUUAUUACAAGGACUGUUACAUUGAAGGCUCUGUGGAUUUCAUAUUUGGGAACGCCCUGUCUCUGUUUGAGGGAUGUCACGUGCAUGCGAUAGCACAGAAGAUAGGGGCCUUAACAGCACAAGGAAGAAGCAGCAUGUUGGAGGACACAGGGUUCUCAUUUGUGCACUGUAAAGUCACAGGUUCAGGAGCACUGUACCUUGGAAGGGCUUGGGGUCCAUUUUCUCGUGUGGUUUUUGCUUAUACUUACAUGGACAACAUCAUCCUUCCCAAGGGCUGGUAUAACUGGGGCGACCCCAACCGAGAAAUGACAGUAUUUUAUGGGCAAUACAAGUGCACAGGACAAGGAGCUAGCUUCGCAGGCAGAGUCUCAUGGUGUAAAGAACUAACCGAUGAGGAAGCUGAGCCUUUUAUUUCCCUUAGCUUCAUUGAUGGCGAUGAGUGGACCAAAUUAUAGUUUCUCACUUCUGUUUUUCCCUCUUCCUUUUCAUUUCUUUGCUCUCUCAAAUUUUGAUGUAUAAAGUUUAUAUUUGUAUUUCCAUAGUUAUUUCCAAAGUUCCCAUCACAAAACAUUUAUUUUUACUCUCUUUUUCUUAAUAUUAAAAGAAAAUUUUAAGAUUA